UAUAUCAUCAAAGCAUUCCCUUCCUAGAUAUUUCAUUUAGGGUAUGUUUGCUUUCAUUUUAUGUUCUUUUUAAAUUUUUAUUUUGAGAAAUAAAUUUCAAAUUUAUGUUUUUAGAAAUGAGUAAUCCUUUUAACUCCGAAGUAUAGCUUAGGUUGAACAUUUCUUUUAAAAGGAAAAUUAAGAAUAAAGAAACACUGAAUAAUUUUCACCCAAAAAAUAGUGGCAUUUUCUAUUUCAAACAGAAGAAAAAGGUUGUAUUCUCACUUAUUAUCAAAGUGACAGAAGGUUCGAGGUGAUCCUACAGGGUGUCGCUGCAUGGUUCCACAUGCUUCCUCAAGAGCCAGAAGGUGACGUGGCUUCCUCAAAGUUUCUAGCUGAUUCUCAAGCGUUCAGGACAAAGCGAUGAAGGCGUGAAAGAACCAGAAGGUGCCACCCAAAGUACAGCGUGGCAGUGUGACAGGCUGACACGUCAAUUACUUUCAGCACCUGUCUUGCCGCAAGCUCUUUAUACACUCCCUCACUCUCUUCACAAUCUGUUGAAGUCUCUCUACAAUCCCCAUUUUGAUUAGUUCUGUCAAAUCGAGGAAAUUAAUAGAAGAUGCAAUCAAGAUUAGCAGCUAAAGCAACGACGUCCUAUUGGGUCUUCUCCUUGGCCCGAAAUCGAGCUAUGCCGCGCGGACCCGCCUCUGCCACAAACAGUGGUCGCACAGCUGACCCAGAAACAUACACUGCAGACCCAGGUAUCAGGGAGGACCUCGUUCACCCUAAAGACAACGAUCAUAUACUUGUAGAAGAUGGACGACUCUCAGCAACGAACAGAGGAUGUGAAACCCAGUAAAGAAACAGUGCCAUUUGUGCCUCCAAAGCCUCCAUAUGCCGCCUCCCCAAGGCUAGAAACCACUGGAGUGAACCGUCCGUUGGACCCCAUUACCCAGCAAAAACGCAGCAUAAGUACAGAUGCGAUCUGCGCUGGAGUAGACGGAACACCAUUGCCAAACAACGAAGAGGGUGAGCAGAGACGACGAGAGGUGGAAGAAGAAGAUUACAGGGCUUAUUACAGCCACCACAAAGCGUCACCGCUGUCAGAGAUUGAGGUGGUUGACACCAGGAAGCCAAUUACGAGAGCCACCGAUGGAACGUACGGGGACCACGAAGGCGAUAAGGUAGUGAUCGGUUGGUUGCCGGAGCAGCUUGAUACGGCGGAGGAGGCGCUGCAGAGAGCUAAUGAGAUAUGGAAACAGUCGGCCAUGAGAGGUGAUCCUGAUUCUCCUCAAUCCAGAGUUCUGAGAGCUCUGCGUGGUGACUACUGAGUAAAUUGAAAAUGGAAAUGGUGCUCGCAAUGAAUGAGUAAAUCUAAGAUGAAAAUGUUUUUUUUUUUUUUUUUUUAAUUUUUGGUAAUUAUCUGUCUUGGUUUAAACUUUAAAGUAAAUAUGUACAAAUAAUAUGUGUUUGAUAUAAUAUUUUUU